AUGUCCUCACAAGCCUGUGCGUACAAUUACCGAAGACCUGUACCUCCUCCGACGUUGAGAAUACGUAACCUUCAAGAUCAUUUGAGCUUAGCACGCUCAUGGCUACGUGAGAUACAUAACAAGGCGCCUGAAAUACCGGGUUUGGAUCUAGAAAAUUGCUUACGUAUUCUCGACUUCACGUUGCCCGAGGCCCAGCCUGCCUCACCACCUUCGCCGGUAUCGCCUUCCUCGUUCACUUCUCACGAACAUGCGCCGAAGCAAGCCGUACUUAAGAAUAUGCUAGUUGGCCAUGACAGAAUAGUGAAUGUUGGGCUAGGGAAGAUUGGUUUUUAUGGCUGCUAUUCCGAACUAUCUUUCAUUCUACGUACACUUGAAAUUUUUCAGCGGCAACAAACAGUUCCCCCGGAACAGAGGACUCUGGUCAUCUCUAACCUCUUCAGCUUCCCGCUUCCGCCAAAAGAGAAUGUCGACUUAAGCCUCGCUAAAUCUCUUCCUUCUUACAACAUAGUGUUAACAUUGAUAGAUGCCGUUUUUGCUAGGACUCACCCGAUGCUCUCCUUUCUGCCGGAGCAACAUGUGAAAGAAACAGCGAAUUUACUCACCGCAUUAGAAGCUCCGGCUAUACCUACUCCGUCGCUAUCUCUAUUCCACCUGACGCUUGCGUUGGGUUAUCUGUUCGAUUCGCCAAGACAUCAGGAAGAGGGGUGCCAUGAAAUAUUACGAAGAGGAACGAACCAUUUUCACACCGGUCUAGCUAUGAUAACGCCAAUGCAAACCAACGAUAUAGAAAGCUUCCAAGCCCUUCUUUGCGCUAUCAUAUUCCUCGUAUCUUCCUCUCGGAUCACAUUGGCGCACUCUCUGGUCGGGACGGCCUGUUCAUCGGCACUUCAACUUGGUUUGCAUUCUGUAGGAAGUCGCAUAGAACCUUCCUCGACAGAGACGAGACUAAAGACCCGACUUCUUGCCACUAUUAUGAGGCUUGAUUUGUUUACUAGCAUCAUUCUCGACCUACCUCCCUUCAUCCAACCGGACAAAGGGCUUCUAACUCGCAUUACACGCUUGGCGCUAGAAGCUGAAGCUGAGAAAGACUUUUAUACAGCGGCGAAUCUGAGACAAGUUUGCCUUUUAGCCAUACCAAUACGGGAACAUGGUUCAGUUGAAUCAUUCGCCGAUGGGACACCUGGAUCGGUUGACAUUGGACAUUUCGAAGAAGCCAAAAAUGAAUUCCAAAACUGGCAAGUGAGUACAUCGUCCUUAUUGGCAAGUCUGGGGCCUAGCAAGGAGCAUAGAAUAAUAAAGCAUGAUCUCGACAUGACUUUCAAUUUCUGCCAUAUCAUAGUGUUCCAACCGCUGUUACACUAUCUUCGAAUAAUGGCUGAUGGUGGGUCUAUACCUGUGGCCCAAUCGUAUCACGCUUUGGCUUGCAUCAAGAUAGCUUCAUCUACAAUUGUCCGCUCCCAUGAAAUGAUGAAAGAGGGGCUGUUUCUAGCGGGAUUCUGGCCGUCCAUAUAUACUGUCUUCAUGUCGGUUAUGUGCUUGAUCUUUCUGAUCGCCGCGCAUCGCGGUACCUCUCGACCUAGCAAAGCUUGGCAACGAGCUGCUGUUGGAAUCAGGUUUAUUGCAGGCUUCGCCUGUGUAGACGAUUGUUCGACUCGAUCUUUAGAGGUUCUCAAGAUGGUUAUAAAUGAACUUUCACAUACUGUCUAUUUUGACUUUGGAGAAAUACAGGCGUCUGUUGCUCGAAACUGCGAAAGGAGGAGUCCCCUCAUAGUUUCUCGGAGUGGUUUUAUAGCCACAACAGUCAAUCAACAUGAAAACGCUUACAAGGCCAAAGAUUAUCCAGAAACGCACCCCCCCGCGUGGUUUAAUUUGGACUUCGAUAUUCCCGAAAAUAGCCAUGUUGGUAUAGAGAGUGAGGCCGACAAAAUGUUAGCCCAGGCAGAGGGAUUAUGA